AUGAGUUUGGACAAGGUUAUCGAUUCGUUCAAAGUUCGUAUUGACAAUCUGACGCAAGAUUGGGACCAUAUUUGUUCUUCGGUCUGCGAGACGUCAGACGACGAACUUAGGCUUAUGAAAGCUAAGCUUGACAUUGUACAAGAACAAAAUUCUACUAUCAUUGUCGAUCUGGAUCGGAUCAAAAAAUACUUGAACUUGGAAGAAGAUAGAUCUAACAACGUUUUUAGCUCGAUAGUGGACACGUCUCUUGGAACGCUGAACUUACCACCAUCAAGUGAAGAAGAAUUUGCAAUCACACCAAAGGAGAAGCCAGGGAGACCUUCGGACUGGCUUCCCUCGAUAAGCUCACAAAAACUGCCCCGCCCUGGAUCCACCAUCGAACGCCAUAUACAUUCGAGCCAGGAUCUGUCCCCAUUAAACCAAUAUCCAUUGUCAUUCAACGUGCACACUUUCUUUACCAAUCAUUGUUCACCGUCACCGUGGAAAAGAAAACAAAUAUCUGAAUCUCCAUAUGCACCUUUUAAGAAGGCUUGUCCAGGCGUACCGUUAGCUCAAGACGAAAAUGAAUACACAGAAUACCAUAAAACGCAGAAACUACUUAUCGUUGAGUCUCCUUCUGGUAAACCAAUAGUGAGACCCCAACUAAAGCCUCUGGCGAGACCUAAUAUCGAAAACCUUGCAGAAUUUGGGUGUCCGACAAAAGCCACUCAGGUUAAACAGGAGGAUUUUAAGUUUCGAAUGAGUGACAACCCGAAAACAGUUAUGGAUAUGUACCAGGAGUAUGAAUGCAGCUUAAGGCCUCAAAUUUUAGAUUUCGAGAAAAGAUUUGGAAAAGGUCAGCUAUCCAGACUACCCAAAGUUCGAACGUAUCAAAGGCGAAGAGCAUUGGCUUGUGAGAUCGAGAAGUAUUCAACACGCUACGGAUUUAGUAUUGAUGAGUCUAUCAAAUACUUCGAAAGUAUAAGGGUUCAAAAUAAAAAAACCGUCCCAUGGCUUUAUAAUAACUUGAAUGAGAUACUGAAACACUACGGCUAA